CCCGCGCUGGGACCGCUCAGGACCGCCCCGUGGGAGCCAGACGAGGUGGACAAGUUCAAGGCGAAGUUCCUGACGGCCUGGAACAACGUCAAGUACGGCUGGGCCUUCAAAAGCCGGACAAGCUUCAGCAAGAUCUCCAGCAUCUACCUCUGUGGCCGCUGCUAUUGCUUCGAGGGCGAGGGGGACAUCCAGCGUUUCCAGAGGGACUUCGUGUCCCGCCUGUGGCUCACUUACCGCCGGGACUUCCCGCCACUCGCUGGGGGCUGCCUGACCUCGGACUGCGGCUGGGGCUGCAUGCUGCGCAGUGGGCAGAUGCUGCUGGCCCAGGGCCUGCUGCUGCAUUUCCUGCCCCGAGACUGGACCUGGGCUAAGGGCCUGGGCCUGGGGCCCCUGGAGCUGUCAGACUCGGCCUCUCCCUGCCGGCACCAGGGCCCAGCCCGCUGGGCACCCCCACGCUGGGCCCAGGGCACCCUAGAGCUGGAGCAGGAGCACCGGCACCGGCAAAUUGUGUCCUGGUUUGCUGACCACCCUCGAGCGCCCUUUGGUCUGCACCGGCUGGUGGAGCUGGGGCAGAGUUCAGGCAAGAAGGCGGGUGACUGGUAUGGGCCGUCGCUGGUCGCCCACAUCCUCAGGAGAGCCGUGGAGAGCUGUCUAGAGGCCCCCCACCUGGCGGUGUACGUGUCUCAGGACUGCACAGUGUACAAGGGGGAUGUGGCACGCCUGGUCGCCAAGCCGGACCCCACAGCUGAGUGGAAGUCUGUGGUCAUCCUGGUGCCCGUGCGGCUGGGUGGCGAGACCCUCAACCCCGUAUACGUGCCCUGUGUGAAGGAAUUACUGCGCUCGGAGCUGUGCCUGGGCAUCAUGGGGGGCAAGCCAAGACACUCCCUGUACUUCAUCGGCUACCAGGACGACUUCCUACUUUAUCUGGACCCUCACUACUGCCAGCCCAGUGUGGAUGUCAGGCAUGCCGACUUCCCCCUGGAGUCCUUCCACUGCACCUCACCUCGCAAGAUGGCCUUCGCCAAGAUGGACCCAAGCUGUACCGUGGGGUUUUAUGCUGGAGACAGGAAGGAGUUUGAGAGGCUCUGCUCAGAGCUGACCAGGGUCCUCAGCUCCUCCUCGGCUACAGAGAGAUACCCCAUGUUCACCCUAGCUGAGGGCCACGCUCAGGACCACAGCCUGGAUGACCUCUGUCCCCACCCACCGCCACGGCUCCCUCGCUCAGGGCGCCUCAAGGCCAAACGGCCGAGCUCUGAGGACUUUGUGUUUUUAUAAGGGGAGGGAUAGGGGGAGAAGACCGACACUUUAUUUUUUUAUUUAUUUCACACUGGGUGUGGGAGCUUGAACUCUGGUUGGAGGGGGUGGGAUGAGACCAGUCCAGGAAAUGGUUGGGCUGGGCCUGUUCAGCCAAGGGGGCUGAGCCCACAGGCCUGCCCACCCCCACCUGUGCAAGCCCGCCUCAGGGGAACAGGGAGGCUCCCGGAUACCCACUCAGGGCCUGACUCAAGGUACUAUAGUUUGCACUGGACCGUCUGCACCCCUCGUGGCCUGAAGCCCCCAUUCUGCCAAGAGCUGGGGGCUAAGGGGGCACUGUGACCAUUGGGGUUAAUAAAGCUAUUUGACUUGAA